GCCUGAAAAUUACAAAAAGUGGAAGGCUGCGCUUCCCCUCCUCCAUCCAGUCCCCUCCCUCUUUUUUUUCUUCCCCAACCCAAAUGCACUCAUCAGCCCAGACAAAACUACCAUCAACAUCCAUCAAGAUGUUGUAAACACGCUCCCCUAAAGCUCCCGCGUUUGCGCACCAACCGCCAAAAUUCAGUCCCUACUCCCACCAGCAGUUUGCAAACUCCCCACUCAUCACUCGUCAGAGUCCUCAGUUCUCCCUGUAAAGGAAGACCUGAACUUCACCACGGCUAGUCACAGCUUCGGCUCCAGUUCAAACACCGUCACCAUUCCCGUCCAAGACUACCCAGUCUUCACCACGGAUUCACAACAGUCACCAUGGCUCCCCUCCAGUUCACCCAGCCUGCCGGCAGCAUCCGCGCAACAACCCCAACAGCAAGCAUUUCCGAGCCAGGACUUUGUGCUGUUCGAUACGCCCAAGCGAUCUCAUCAACCUAGUCGGUCUGUCUCGCACUCUGUGGCCACCCGAAGUGCCUCUCACAAUCAUCGUCACCAUCCGCACGCCGCCUCUCCCUCCGUGCAGAACCAAAGAGUAGCACAGAUCAUCCAGGCCACUGGACAUUCCACAUCACCUACGGCAUACACCAAUCGGUUCACCCACUCGGCGCAGACCCCUGGACAGUUUUACUCGUCGGCCCCCUCGUCAACCGUUGCUCUGAACACCGACCAACUCCGUGCUGUCCGCCCGCCUGUGCCCCUAUUCUCCCAGAGUACCGGUAAUAUCAACACGCACACGCAAGGCAAGAUGAACGCCCAAGACCUCUCGUUCGAGGACUUCACCGCCUUCGAGGGCGGCGUGUCCGCGUUCUCGUCUCCGGCCAUGCACGGCGUGUUCGACAUCAACAGCUCCAGCUCGGUCAGCAACAUGGGCACGGUCUCGCCGCAGGAUCUGCUCCUGCAGGAGCCUUUCAUGUCGGCUCCCAACUCGAGCGCUCUGACUGCGUUGACCUCACCAUCUCUCUAUCACGGGUCUCCCGAGUUCGGCGACGGCAGCUACGAUGUAUCUCCCAACAUCUCUGGCAACGACAUCGACUCUGCAACCGACGUCUGGUAUCCGCUCUUCCCUCAGACCGGCGACAACAUCAACAGCAACACGACGGUCACCCAGCUUGCUCGGAACCCUGCCCCUCAACCGCAGCGGACCCAGCUGUCUCCUACUUCGGGGUCUGAUGACGUUGAACCUGUGGAGCGCUCACCUGCACCUCGUCGCAAGUCUGGCAACUCGCCAACAUCUGGCCGUCACUCUUCUGUUGCCGGUGUCAACUCUCGUCGACGCGACAAGCCCCUGCCGCCAAUCGUCGUCGAGGACCCUUCGGACAUUGUGGCCAUGAAGCGUGCGCGAAACACACUGGCUGCUCGCAAGUCCCGGGAGCGCAAGGCCAUGCGCUUUGAGGAGCUCGAAGAGAAGAUUGCCAAGCUCGAGGCUGAGCGAGACCAUUGGAAGACCGUUGCUCAGUCACUGGGUGCUGCGCCUUGACGAAACCGAUCCUAAGUGUUGAUUCGCUUUUAUUGUGCUCGCUAUCAUCUUGAGUGAACUGGAGGGAGGAGAGUUUGUUCCUCCCAAACAAAACAACAAAAUAAUGGGGAGGCUGCAGUGGCAGUUGAUUUCUUUUCCUACUUUCCUUCUGUUUACAUUUCGGUGGGGUUUGCUAGCUACGGCUACCCAGGCAAAGGGGUAUAUUCGGUUUUGGUUUCAUUUCAGUCUUGUUUUCAUAGUUAUUUUCUGUCAUGUCGUAGUCUCAGCGUCUCGACUUUGAAGCGAGCGCUAUCUCUCUGCGUGCUCAGUCGUACAAGCAAAGUUUCUUGACAUGGUCCUGACCAAUCAAUCGAUGUCUCGUAGUGAUGUGCUGUGGGUGAAUUCUGCCUUGGGCCACUUG